GAAUAAUAUAAGUACAUAAGGCCGCCGCUAUCCAUCUUUUUUGCUUUGGAUACUAUCUAUCUAACAUCCAGUUACAUCUAAGAGAUUGCCACUUAUCUACACAAUUUAUCAUAUAUCCAUCCUUGGAAUUACUGAGAACUACUUCUUGAGAAGUAUACAACACCUAAAAAACUACAACUACAGCUACAACCACCAAAAUGUCCUUCCUCACCCCAAUCCGCGCAACUACCCUCCGCCUCUCCCGCCCUGCCUUUGCCUACACCACCACCACCACCACCUCUCCUGCAGCAGCAGCCCUCCACACCAGCAUUCCUCGUCCAGGCUUGAAGGAAUCCGAUCACAACCGCGACGACCUCGCCAACAUCUACGAGGCUGAGAAACAUGACCAAGUAAAGAGCAGCAAGGAAGGCAAGGCCAAGUGGAAGCAGGAAAUUGCUAGUGAUAGUGAGGCGUCGGUCAAAGCCGAUCGCGGCGAAGUAGACAGUGAUGAUAACAACUUCGGAGCCAUGCAGGAACGGACGAAAGGGUUGCCGAAUAGGGAUGGGCCCGUGAACAAGACUCAAUAAAUUGUUUUAUUCUUUUUUAUCUUUGAUAAGAAUUACUUGUAUUUAUGAUGGGUUUGGAUGGGUUGUUUUUUGAUAAAUGUAAAUGAAAUUGAUUGUGCU